UGUCAUCUGUCAUGUUAAUUUCUAAUUACAAGUCUAUUAUAUUUCUUGCUUUCGUAUUUUGCAAAUUUGCCGAUUUUGAUAACAAAAAAAUAUGAAGUCUAUAAAAUUAUCUUUUUUGCCAUUAUUACUAAUGAUAAACUUGUCUUCAGCUUUAUAUUUUCACAUAGCUGAGGGCGAAAGAAAAUGUUUUAUAGAGGAAAUACCGGAUGACACGACUGUUAUAGUGAACUAUAAGGUGCAACUGUAUGAUCCACGGUCGGGUGGGUUCAUGCCCUCUACUCCUGGCAUCGGCAUGCACGUCGAAGUGCGUGACCCCAAUGAUCGUAUCGUGUUGUCGCGGGUCUAUUCAUCUGAAGGCAUGAUCUCGUUCACAUCCACUAUUCCUGGUGAACAUGUUAUUUGCAUGUACUCCAACAGCACUUCUUGGUUUAGUGGUUCACAACUGAGAGUGCAUCUGGACAUUCAAGUGGGUGAGCAUGCAGUGGACUACGCUAAUGUAGCACAGAAGGAUAAACUGACAGAAUUGCAGUUGAGGAUCAGACAGUUGUUGGAUCAGGUUCACCAGAUCACCAAGGAACAGAGCUAUCAGAGGCAUCGUGAGGAGCGUUUCAGACAGACAUCGGAGAGCACAAAUCAGCGUGUGCUGUGGUGGAGUCUCCUACAAACUGGUGUACUUGUGGGGAUUGGUUAUUGGCAGAUGACACAUCUAAAGAGUUUUUUCGAAGCCAAGAAAUUAGUUUAAUAUAUUUAUAUUUUAAAUAAGUUAAGCUGUUAUCACUUUUUCAUCAACAUUUUGUAAUAUCUCUGCUAUUCUGUAAAAUUAAAUACUUUUUGUUUUUUGUAAUUACCAUAUUUCAUCAUGUUUCUGUAAAGUUUCUGUAAAUGAUCUGUAUUUUUCCAAAUAAAAGAAAGAUAUUA